AUGGCAUACUGCGGGAAGACACAGCGACAGCUGCAGAUUCGUCUAAAGACGCUGAAGAGGACACACGGCGUGAGCUUAAAUUCUUUCCCAAGGAGAUUUCGGGAUCAAAAAUCGGCACGAACGCGCUUAGUUGGUGGCCACAAGGUGAGCGCUCCCGAUAAUGUUGGCAAUGUUCAUGACGCUGUGUCAAUCAUUCCAACGCUUUCAAUCGCCGACACUUUUGUUGACUUUGGAUCUAGGAUCGGCAAUGUGGUUGCACAAGUGGCAUUGGAGACUUGUGUUGGGAGAUGCAUCGGGAUUGAGUUCCAGGACAACUUGGCAAACAUGUCCAAACUGCUGAUUCGUGGCGCACGCGUGGAUUUCCCGAAUUUAUCCAAGGUCACGAUUCACGAGGCCGACCUCAGAGCGAUGAGACCAGCCGUACGCGAGGAUAUUGACGGGUGCAGUGUUUUAUUUGUGAACAAUAUCGUUUUCGAGCCUACAAGUUUUGCGGCGCUGGGGGACUUUGCAUCUUCAGCAGCAGGUUUGGUCCUCGUCGUUGUCAUGGCAACAGUUUGCGGCCGGCACCGCCCAACCUGCCCGCGCAACUUCUGCUCUGUUUGGACGCUCCGACAGCGUAUCGACGUUCAAGUGUCUUGGUCUUCCCAGCUUCAUCAUGCAUACUGGUACACCAGGGUUGUAGAGCCCUACAUCUAA